AUGACUCAGCAAGUAGAUGGCGCCAGACCAGGAUCAGGACCAGGACCAAGGGUGUCUUCAGUGACCCCGCCAGCGCCAGGAAGUGUCUGGACUCUGAAGGAUUCUGGAAAGAAUGACGCAGCUUCUCCUCUCACAAAAAGAAAGAGAGAAAACAUCAGCAGGUUGGACCUGAGGGUCGGUCUUGUCAUACACGUAGAAGAACAUCCCAUCUUCAGGGACUUCUACCUCAUACAUGUGGAUGUUGGAGGUCACAUUCCGAGGAGAUCGAUCAGUCCCCUGGUAUGUCAUCAGGAGCGAAUAGAGCUCCUCAACCACAAGGUCGUCGUCGUCUGCAACAUGAAGGAGAAAGUCAAGGGUCUGCUGUCAGACUGUUUUGUAAUGUACGCCAAGUUCCAAAAGGGGGGAGAGUACAUUCGACCACCAGCCAAGUCCCAUCCUGGGGACCGAGUUUUUGCGCCUGGAUAUCCAUUUGAUCCUCUUCAGGACUGGCCAUUCCUACCAAACGGCACGGAGCUGUUUAAGGCAGCUACUAGAAAACUCAGAGUUUCCACGAGCAGAACAGUGAAGUAUAACAAGACUCUACUGCAAACAGAGCAUUAUGGGAACAUUACGACACAUCAGCUCGGUGGGUGUAAGAUCAGAAUAGGACUGUGAAUCUGGUAAAGACCCCUCAAACAAUCUUUGUAACUUCUU